AUGAUGCGAGCAUCGGAAUCUCUGAUUACUUUGGUUCCGCGUAAGAUUCUGCGCUUGAUGAAACUGCCCUGGUCCCGCAAGCGCUACCCUCCUGGACCCCUUCGACUUCCCAUCGUCGGAGGCAUGUGGCGGUUUGGGGUCAUGCUCUCCCUGGAUACGUUAAUGAAGUUGGCAAAGCAAUAUGGGAACAUUUGCACGGUAUGGAUUGGGCCUAUACCUGCAGUCAUACUGUCCGGCUACAAAGCAGUUAAGGAAGCCCUAAUCAACCAUUCGGAUGAUUUUGCUGACCGCCCAGAAACUCCUUUCCUUAAAAGUGCAGCAAAAAAUAGGGGUAUUGUACUUUCAAAUGGUCACACCUGGAAGCAGCAGAGACGGUUCAGCGUGGUUACUAUGCGGAAGCUGGGGCUGGGGAAGAAAGGCAUGGAGCACCAAAUAGAAGAGGAGGCCAUUGAGCUUGUGGAGAUCUUUGCACGUGCAAAGGGGCAGCCAUUUGACCCAUCCUUACACAUCAUCAAUUCAGUCUGCAACGUGAUAUGUGCCGUGUCCUUUGGAUACCGAUUUUCUGUUGAAGAUAAAGAAUUCCUGAGGCUGAUGGAAGCCAUUCGGAUUAGCUUACAGUUUGGAGCCAGCUUCUUUCAUGGCCUCUACGAAAUUCUCCCGUCUGUCAUGAAAUUUCUCCCAGGGCCUCACAAGACCGCAUUGUCCUCCAUGGAGAUGGUCUUUUCAUUUGCGAAGGAUGAGAUAGCAAAGCACAAGGAAGACCAGACUGUGCAUGAACCAAUAGACUUCAUUGAUUUCUAUCUAUCUCAGAUGGAGAGGAACAAGGAUGACCCCUACUCUACCUACAAUGAGGACAACCUGGCUCAGUGUAUUUUUGACCUCUUUAUUGCUGGAACAGAGACAACUGCUACCUCUCUGCAAUGGGCACUGCUCCUCAUGGCGACACAUCCAGAUAUUCAAGAGAAAGUCUACCAGGAGAUGGAAGAUGUUUUCGGUUCAUCUCACUCAAUCCGCUAUCAAGAUCGGAAGAAGCUGCCCUACACCAAUGCUGUGAUUCACGAGAUCCAGCGUUCAAGAUAUAUCUUAUUAUUUGGGGUUCCAAGGCAAACUGUGAAGGACGUGAACUUGCACGGUUUUCACAUUCCAAAGGGGGCUGUGAUUGCUCCAGAUCUCCGCUCUGUUCUUCUUGAUCCUAAGGAAUGGGCAACACCUAAAAAAUUCAACCCAAACCAUUUUUUGGACGAGGACGGGCAGUUUGUGGACAGAGAAGCAUUUCUGCCAUUUGGUGCAGGUGCUCGGGUGUGUCCAGGGGAGCAACUGGCAAAGAUUGAGCUCUUCAUCUUUUUCACCAGCCUGCUGAGAGCAUUCAGGUUCCAGCUGCCAAAAGGUGUGAGAGGAGUCCAUAAGAAGCCUAUAAUAGGGCUGACGGUCCGUCCUCGCCCCUACAAACUCUGUGCUGUUCCCCGCUGCAGCCACAUAAACAAUUAGGGGGGCUGAUCAACUACUGCAAUCUCCUCCUU